CUUUCGACUUACCUGAGUUUACCUGACCUCUUCACCAAAAGACGCCUCUCCAGGUUAUCCACUGAAUUGUGGUGCAGUGCCGAUUGUAAAAAUCUUGCGGGUGCCAGUGUUUCCGUAAUUAAGUGGACUAUAUAGGAUGGGUCUCCUUUCGCUGCUGCGUAAGCUGCGACCUAACCCUGAGAAGGAGGCUCGCAUCCUGCUCCUCGGACUGGACAACGCUGGCAAGACGACAAUCCUGAAGCAACUGGCUUCGGAGGACAUAACCACGGUAACGCCCACGGCGGGAUUUAACAUCAAGUCCGUGGCAGCCGAUGGAUUCAAGCUGAAUGUUUGGGACAUUGGGGGUCAGUGGAAGAUCCGGCCGUAUUGGAAAAACUAUUUUGCCAAUACAGAUGUUUUGAUCUAUGUAAUUGAUUGUACUGACCGGACUCGACUUCCGGAGGCGGGCAGCGAAUUAUUUGAGAUGUUGAUGGACAACCGACUGAAGCAGGUCCCUGUGCUGAUUUUCGCCAACAAGCAGGACAUGCCCGACGCCAUGAGUGCCUCCGAGGUGGCUGAGAAGAUGAGUCUGGUUCAGCUGCAAGGACGUACUUGGGAGAUCAAAGCCUGCACUGCCACUGAUGGCACCGGUCUCAAGGAGGGCAUGGACUGGGUCUGCAAAAACAUGAAGAAGUAAUCUUAAUCCUCGCCUGUUGAAUUGUGUUUUGUAGCUCCUAAGUGUAGCUCUUAAGAUCGAAAUCAUAAAUAUACGUAAAUUAACUUCUUAUAA